AUGCUUCUCGUCGACACAGUGAAUCAGAAGAUCGAGUUAGAUGAAAAUUUGAAGGAACGGAUCGCGAAUUCGCGCCCGCAUAAACAGCUAACCGGGCCUCGGCUUGCGUUGGAACUGUUCCGAAAAGACUACGUGCUUUCUCACGGGGCUAUCACCAACGAGUACUUGAUCAAGAGGGAACUCGAAAAGUUGAAGAUGCUAAAGAUGACAAAGGACACGAAUUUGGACUGCGACCGCCGUCUCGCCCUCUAUGCUUACACCCACGACACGUUUGCCUUACUAUUGGUGCCUAUGAUUAGGGAAAAGAAAGAGGCUCUCGGCUCGAUGGGAAAUGAUGCUGCAUUGGCUUGCCUAUCUGACUACAACCCCUUGCUGUUCGCUUACUUCCAACAGUUAUUUGCACAGGUGACGAAUCCACCAAUUGACCCCUUCCGUGAACAAAUCGUGAUGUCCCUUCGUUGCCCAAUUGGACCAGAAGGGAACAUCCUGGAGCCUAGCGAGGAACUGGGUGGACGCAUGAUUCUCGACCAGCCAAUCCUCUCACUCGUCGAGCUUGAGGUCCUCAAGAGUACGAUGUACAAAGGCUGGAAAACAAAGACUAUCGACAUCACAUACCCAGCUCGAUAUGGUGUCAAAGGAUUGGCCCCUGGACUUGACCGAAUUUGCUGCGAGGCCUCGACGGCAGCCCUGGAUGGUUAUCAACUGAUUGUCCUUUCUGACAGAAAUGCAAGCCCCGACAAUGUUCCCAUCCCGUCAUUGUUGGCUGUCGGCGCCAUUCACCAGAUGUUGGUCAGCCAUCGACUGCGCAUGAAGGUUGCGCUAAUCGUCGAAAGCGGCGAUGCUCGAGUCGUUCAUGACUUCUGCGUAUUACUUGGAUUCGGCGCUGAUGCUAUUUGCCCGUAUAUGGUAUUUGAGACUUGCUUCCGUCUUCGUAACAUGGGCCUGAUCGAUAAAGAGCUCAACGAUGAUAUGGUUUUCGACGGAUUCCGUCAGGCUGUUGAGCGCGGUAUCUUCAAGGUGAUGGCAAAGAUGGGCAUCUCGACCCUGCAUUCGUAUAAGCACGCUCAAAUUUUUGAAAUCGUCGGGCUGUCGCAAGAAGUUGUGGCCAAGUGCUUCAAAAAUACUGUAUCCCGCCUUGGAGGCGCCUCAUUCGAAAUCUUGGCAUCGGAAGCGCUUAAACGUCAUCAUAUGGCCUACCCAACCGCCUCACCAACAUCUAAUAUGGGAGACUCGGGUACGUUAAUCUCGACCGGCACAUAUCACUGGAGGGCAGGCGGUGAGAAACACAUCAAUGAGCCACUGGCUGUUGCAAAGCUGCAGGCGGCUGCUCGGGCAAAUAACAGCAAGACUUUCCAUGAAUAUUCGCAAGCCUCGAACUUGGCUCAGCGAUGGUGCACUCUGCGAGGACAGCUCGAGAUCAAAACGUCAUCAAAGAUCCAGAUCUCCAUCGACGAGGUUGAGCCAGCCUCUGAAAUCGUGAAGCGCUUCGUAACUGGUGCUAUGUCAUUCGGAUCAAUCUCCUGGGAAGCCCAUACAGCCUUGGCCGUCGCCAUGAACAGCAUUGGAGCCAAAUCCAAUACUGGAGAAGGAGGAGAGAAGCCUGAGAGGUAUGCCAAAAAUCAGCCGACCGAUAACAACAUUCGUUCUGCCAUUAAACAAGUCGCUUCCGCCCGGUUUGGUGUAACAUCUUCCUACUUGGCAAAUGCCGACGAGAUCCAGAUUAAGAUGGCUCAAGGUGCGAAGCCGGGCGAGGGAGGUGAACUACCUGGGCACAAAGUGACGCAGGAUAUCGCUGACACACGCAAAUCAACUGCCGGCGUUGGGCUGAUUUCCCCUCCACCCCAUCACGAUAUCUACUCAAUUGAAGAUCUUGCGCAGCUGAUUUUCGACUUGAAAUGCUCCAAUCCGAAGGCCCGUGUGAGCGUGAAGUUAGUCAGUGAGGCAGGUGUUGGCAUCGUUGCUGCCGGCGUGGUGAAGGGUAAUGCGGACCACCUAACAAUUUCCGGCCAUGAUGGUGGCACCGGCGCCUCAAGCUGGACUGGAAUCAAGCACGCGGGUCUGCCUUGGGAACUGGGCGUUUCGGAAACGCACCAGGUCUUGACGAUGAACAACCUUCGAUCGCGUGUCGUCGUGCAAGCGGAUGGCCAGAUUCGGACAGGGCGUGAUGUGAUGGUGGCUGCUCUGCUUGGUGCUGAUGAAUUCGGAAUGUCAACGGCUCCCCUGAUCGUUUUGGGCUGCACAAUGAUGCGAAAGUGUCAUUUGAACACUUGUCCAGUGGGAAUUGCUACGCAAGACCCAGUACUGAGGGAAAAAUUCGACGGCAAGCCCGAGCAUGUCGUGAAUUAUAUGUUCAUGGUUGCCGAAGAAGUUCGCUAUUUCUUGGCCAAACUCGGACUGCGGACCCUUGACGAAGCGAUUGGUCGGACCGACUUGCUGUACGCCAGCCCAAAUCCCAUCAACAAGAAAGCUGAUAUGCUGGAAUUUGCGACUAUUCUCCGAAAUGUGAAUCUGCUUUUCCCACAUCACUCGACGAAGGGUGGAUCGAUCAAACAGCCGUUCGAAAUUUCCGCUCUUGAAACAAAGAUCAUCGAACAAUUGGAUGGAGUCUUCAGCGAUAAGGGUGCACAUAAAGAGUUCAAGGACCUCACCAUCACCAACAAUGAGAGGGCAUUCGGCACGCGGAUCAGCUAUGAGAUUUCUAAGCGUUAUGACGAGGCUGGAUUGACGGGAAACCGAUCCAUCAAAAUCGGCCUGUUUGGAUCAGCCGGACAAUCAUUCUGGGUCACUGUCACCCUCGAAGGCGAUGGCAACGAUUAUGUAGGCAAAUGCCUCUCCGGUGGGCAGGUGGUCAUCUACCCGCCGAAGAACGCACGUUUCUUAUCUGAAGACAACAGUAUCAUCGGCAAUGUGGCCUUGUACGGCGCCACUUCCGGCAGCGCUUACUUCCGAGGUGUUGCCGGCGAACGGUUCGCCGUGCGAAAUUCUGGUGCGCAUGCCGUGGUAGAAGCCAUCGGAGAUCAUGGCUGUGAAUAUAUGACUGGUGGCAGGGUGAUUGUUCUUGGAUCAAUUGGUCGAAACUUUGCUGCGGCGAUGAGUGGAGGGCUUGCGUAUCUUUUCCCAUAUGACGAGGAUCAAACGCUGGAGAAAGUCAACAUCGCAACUGUCUUCCUGGAUAAACCGGAUAAAGAUGACUUUGACUACGUCCACGGCCAGAUCUCCAAAUUCGUCGAAUUGACUGGAUCAGAGUUCGGCCAAAGAAUUUUGGACAACUGGACAGAGCUCCGCCGAAAGAUUGUGAAGGUCUUCCCCAAGGAUUAUAAGCGGGCUCUUGAGGAGCAAGAAGCAGCUAAGAAGCGCGCUGCCCAGGAACAAAAGGACGUCGAGGACAGGAUGGAGCGGCUAUCUGUCGGCAAUGCGCGCCAACGCGCACUCUCCAUGGAUAUGCAAAUUCUGGUGGAUAAGAAUGAUAGCAAAAAGAAGAAGCCCGCUUUGCCGAAGGUUGUCCCCGGUAAGCGGAAGAUGUCUCGGACCGUCCGACCGAUCGACGUCGUGGGCUUCGAGAAGGAAAUCGAUAUCCAAGAAACCAAUCUUGACGGGGAAGAGGAGGAAGGCUCUGAUGAGUCGAAAUCUGAUGACGAGGUCAACGACUUUGCCUUCAAGCAGACAACAGUCGAUAUUGAGAACAUUGUUGCGCCCGGGAAAGCCAAGGAAUUGGACGAGCCCUUGGACAAGCUGCGCGGCUUCGUCAAAUACCAACGGCAGAAGAAGCUGUACAGAGACCCGGCGGUGCGUAUCAACGACUGGGAUGAAGUCGCCGACUACGAGGCCAUUAGGUCCAAUAUCCGCGAACAGGCUGCGAGAUGUAUGGAUUGUGGAGUGCCUUUCUGUCAAGGUCAUACUGGAUGCCCGUUGGGAAAUAUCAUUCCAAAGUGGAAUGACUAUGUCUUCAAGAAGAACUGGCGCCAAGCUCUUGAACAGCUCCUCCAGACGAACAAUUUCCCCGAAUUCACCGGCAGGGUCUGCCCAGCGCCGUGUGAGGGCGCUUGUACUCUUGGCAUCAGCUCCCCGGCUGUAACUAUCAAGUCCAUCGAAUGUGCCAUCAUCGACUACGGAUUUAUGCAGAAUUGGAUCAAGCCAAACAAGCCCCAACUUAGCACUGGAAAGCGGAUCGCGAUCAUCGGAUCAGGACCAUCUGGUCUCGCGGCGGCAGCUCAAUUGGUCAAGGUCGGGCAUACUGUGGUUGUCUACGAGAGAAAGAAUCGGAUUGGUGGCCUACUUCGCUACGGUAUCCCGACCAUGAAGCUCGAUAAAUACGUGGUUGAUCGCCGUGUCAAACUCAUGGAAGACGAAGGAGUACGAUUCAUCACAAACACGGAGAUUGGCAAAGAUGUUCCGGCCGAGUUUCUUCUAAAGGAAAACGACGCUAUAAUCCUAUGUGUUGGUUCGACAAUUCCGAGGGAUUUGCCUGCUGAAGGACGUGAUGCCAAGGGAAUAUAUUUUGCCAUGGAAUUUCUGGAAAGGCAACAGAAGAAGCGUGCGGGAGACGAGUUGCCAUGGGAAGGAAUGGACGUGAAGGAUAAGAGGAUUGUGGUGUUGGGUGGCGGUGAUACCGCUACUGAUUGCAUUGGGACUUGCCUCAGAAUGGGCGCCAAAUCCGUGAGGGCCUUCGAGAUCUUACCGCAACCCCAGGAGCUUCGCAAGCCAGAAAACCCGUGGCCAGAGUGGCCACUCAUUUUCCGUAUCGAUUACGGUCAUGAUGAAGCGGCUAUCAAAGCGGGCAAAGACCCCAGGACAUACUCCGUCUCGACCAAGCGCUUCAUUACUGAAGUCAACGCGAAUGGUGUCAAGAUUGUGACUGGAUUGGAAGUGGUCGAGAUCGAGUGGGAAAAGGAUGCGAAGGGUGCUUGGAAAAUGGUGGAAAAGCCCGAGACAAUCUGGGUUGAGCCUGUGGACAUGGUCAUCCUCGCCAUGGGCUUCACUGGCCCCGAGCAGGUUAUCGCUGACCAAUUGAAGCUCAAUUUGAAGCCGGCUCCAACUCUACGACCGAAUGAUGCCAUCUACAAAACGAAUGUGGAGAAGGUAUUUGCUGCCGGUGAUUGCCGUCGCGGUCAAUCCCUUGUCGUCUGGGCCAUCCACGAAGGGCGUCAAGCUGCUCGACAGGUUGACACAUAUCUAAUGGGUACCACGAAAUUGGCCGGACCCGGUGGCAUCGUCACUGCCGACUUCAACAUUGUCGAGGAA